CAGCCACGAUCAGUGCUGUCCUUGUAUUAAGGGAUGUGUUUCCCUCUGGCGUGUUGUGUGUGGAUGCUUCUGUCUUUUAAUUUUGCUUUUGCCGAUGAGAUGCAUACAUCAGUAAAUGCCACUACAACUCUGUACUACCAUCAAGAAGAUUCUGCAAAUAUCAGCUGCAGUUAUUUACCAUCAAAUGAACUUGAUAUAUUCACAGUGAAACUUGAAAAAAAUAACAAAUCAUUGUGUUCAUACAUGCGUAUAAACAUGGAGUUAUGGAAAAAUCAAUCUUGUGAUUAUCAUAUCAGAUUUAUUUCGAUUCCAGAGACUAAUGAAAUAUUUUUUGAGCUAUCAAAUCUUCAAAUAACUGAUUCUGGCACAUAUAGCUGUACAGUCAGGAGAUUGACGCCACCACCUGAAACGAUUCUGUGGGAAGAAAUAACAAAAGUCAAUGUUAUUGUGCCUCCUGUAUUGUCCUGUGUGAAGAGGCCUAAUAGAUCACCCACGAUUAUAUGCAGUGCUGAGGGAUUUUACCCCGCUGCUCUUGAACAGCAGUGGAUGAGAGAUGGAGAAAUCAUCAACAGUUCAUACUCGGACAAGGAUGAGAAUUACAGCACAAAUCCAAGUGGAUCAUUAACUCAGAUGUUUUAUCAGGAGUUACCAUCACAGAUGUUUGAAACAAUCUUCUCCUGCUGGGUCAACCACCCAUCCCUAAACAAACCGCUCUCCGCCAAUUUAUCGAGCAGUGUCUGUUACGAUCAAAGGGAUGCGACUUUGACUAUCAUUGUGGCUUUAGUCGUCUCUGCUGUGGUGUUUGUCUUUGUGAUUAUUAUGGUCGUAUGUAAAUGUCAAAGAAGAGCACAACCACAGUCUUCUGUUGAAGUUAGUGUCACACCUGAGCCUGUUUUCCAGUCUGUCCUCCAAUCUGAUGUAGUUUAUUCAUCGUUGGGCGAUCAUCAUCCAGUCCCAUGCAGCCGCAGCCCUAGUGUCAACUGGUCACCUCUAAACACAGAUUAAAGGCAUUUUGUUUGAAUCAUUUAUCUCAUUCACGUCCCUUAUAAUAAACCCAUUUAUUUAAUGUAUAGACAUAUAAUUGAUCUGU